AUGCAAGAACUCAACCAGUCCUCCGUGACAGAAUUCAUUCUAUUGGGUUUUGCUCCCAACCCUAGGACCAACCCUCUGCUCUUCACCUUCUUUCUCACCCUUUACCUGCUAAUCCUCAUAAGCAACAGCCUCCUCAUCACCCUUAUUCACCAGGAUUCUCGCCUCCACACACCCAUGUACUUUUUCAUCAGUGUCCUCUCCACGCUGGACGUGUGCUACACAACCACUACCAUGCCCCAGAUGCUUGUGCAUAUUCUCAGUGAGAAGAGGACCAUCUCUUUUGCUAGAUGUGUGGCCCAGAUGUACAUCUUCCUCCUCUUUGGGGUCACUGAGUCCUGGCUUUUCUCUAUCAUGUCUGUGGACAGGUACGUGGCCAUCUGCCAUCCUCUCCGGUAUAAGAUCAUCAUGAGCCAUUGGAUGUGCCUCCUCAUGGUGGGCAUCUGUGCAGCCUAUGGUGUGGUGGGUGGCCUGUGCUAUACCUUCUUUGCUAUGAAUCUGCCCUACUGUGGCCCUAAUGAAAUUGACCACUACUUCUGUGUCCCUGCUGUCCUAAAGCUGGCCUGUGCAGACGCAUCCCUCAAUGACUUGGUGGACUUCAUCACGGGCUUCAAUGUCAUUGUGGUCCCACUGUCCCUGGUUGUCAUAGUCUAUGCCAACAUCUUUGCUACCAUCAUGAAGAUCCGCUCAGCCCAGGGACGGGUCAAAGCCUUCUCCACCUGUGCCUCCCACAUCACUGUGGUCACCAUGUUCGCCAUUCCAUGCAUCAUUAUGUACAUGAGCCCUGGCUCUGACUCUUUGUCAAACAAUGGCAAGAAAAUGGCCCUUUUUUAUAACAUUGCCACAGCCUUCCUCAACCCUGUCAUCUACAGUCUGAGGAACAAGGACGUGAAAAAGGCUUUCCUCAAAUUGAUGGGACGGAGCAGGGCCCCACAGUGAGGCCUUAAAGCUGAAGACCUGGGGAGCCAAACAAAACAGGACUCACACCCACAACCCCUCAAAGACUCUUCCAUGAGACCUGGGAGGGCUGUACUCCAUAAAACUAACCCUUCACCCUGGCCUAGGGAGAAGGAACUGAGUACUCAGACAACCACAGCAUCUGUGGUGACCUGGUUUGGGACAGAGGUGAUUGUGAAGGUAGAGCACAGUGGUCAAGAGCCAGGAUGACAGACUUGAUUUUAGUCAUUAGCAGGACAUAUGAAUUUUUGCAAGCCAUUUAACUUCUCUAAGGUUUAUAUCUAUCUCUUCCUCACAGGGAGGUUGUAAUGAUGAUGUGAGAUUCUAUGUGAAAAGUAUUUAGUACGAGACUAGCAAUAGUCAGCUUUCAACAGAUACUAGUUUUAAUGUUUAAAAUUUAUUUCUUAGGGAUGAACUGUCAACCUUGAACUAGCCAAUGAUCUUCUUCUGGGCUGUGGAAGUAACUGGAGCCCUAGAGAGUAAAGGGAAAAAGGCAGGGAGUGGGAGUAUUAAAAACUCAAAAACUGAGAAGUGAAGAAUCUUAGGGUGAGAGACUUGAGAAUGAGGAAGUGAGCCCUUAUCUCCCAUCCACAAAUUGUGCACCUUGAACUCAUCUUCUACCUUUGUAUUGUAGCCAUUCGUUCUUAUGCUUUUGUAUCUUUACACCUCUUGAUUUUCCUUUGCCCUUGUUCUAAUA